AUGAAACUAGAAGAAGUGGUGGAAGAUAGGGAAAAAAGUAUAGAAUCUAAAGAAGAAAAGAGCUUUAGUAAGUUUCUCGACAUGAUUCCUACUGAUCUGAUCCAUGAGAUACUCUUGAGACUGCCUGCUAAAUCUGCUGGGAGGUUCCGUUGCGUAUCAAAGCUAUGGUCAUCCAUCACCACUCGUCCAGAUUUCAUCAGCUCGUUCGGUAGUCGGUCUUCAACACAGUUGUGUCUUUUAGUCUGUGUAAGGACAUCGAAAAAGUGUCGUAUCUUCAACUCGAUUCCCCAACAUGACCAUCCGGACAGAACAUCUAAUCCGCAUGUACGGGAAAGUUAUGAGAUAGUAGCUCCCAAGUUUUAUCAUUACCACGGGUCCGAAUCAGUCAAUGGCUUGAUAUGCUUGGGAGCUUUUUCUGUAAAUAUUAUAGUUUGGAAUCCAACCAUAAGACAACAUGUUAAGCUACCCCAACCUUCAGAACGACUAUUUGUAUGUAACUUUUUAGGAUAUGAUCCGGUCGAGGACAAGUAUAAAGUCUUGUGCAUCUCAAUCUGUAGAUACCAAGAUCCUCUUGUUUUCACAUUGGGACCUCGAGAAACAUGGAGAGUGUGCGGAAAUAGCCUUAAACAUGUAUCUACUGGCACAUUGCGAGGAAAAAGUAUAUGCAUCAAUGGGCAUGUGUAUUAUGAAGCAAUUUUGAGAGUCGAUGGUACUUUUAAAACGGAAGAAUACCGUAUGAGCUUUGAUGUGAGGUAUGAAGAGUUCAACAUUAUCAGAAAACCAGCUGAGGCUGCACUUUUGAAAUUUUUCUUCAAUUACAAUGGAAAAGUAGCAUGGCUUUGCUCCGACUUCUCUUAUAUAAGGUUUUGGGUUCUGGAGGAUAAAGAGAAACAAGAAUGGUCGCAAAGAAGAUUUAUUCGGCCUUUUCCAGGAUUAGUUGACCCGAAUGUUUACUUGAGACUAAGAGGUUUCACUCAUGAUACUUGUGAGUUUAUUUAUACUGAAACAACGUCUAAAGCAAUUUAUGUUUUGUACUAUGAUCCAAAGAGAAACCGUAUAAGGAGGGUCAAAUAUGAAGGGGUUCAAGAUGAAGAAGAAGACUUCUUGAAAAAUAACAUUGAAGAAUAUAUCCACUAUUAUCCCAAUCACUGUGAGAGUCUCGUGUCUUUGGAGUUUGGAGGACGUUCCUAG